AUGACUUCUCCGCCGACUUCACCGCUCAGCUCCACGACUAUCCACACCAAGCAGGGUGACCUACAAGGCGUGACCUCGGAAUUCGACCCCAACGUCACCGUCUUCAAGGGCAUUCGCUUCGCUGCGUCCACAGCUGGCGAGAACCGAUGGCGCGCUCCUCAACCUCCUGCGACCUGGGAGGGCGUCAAGAUUUGCGACACGUUUGGCCCCGAGUGCCCGCAGAAGGCCUUUGGACCAAUGGUCAUUGGCGCGAACCACUCUGAAGACUGUCUGUCUUUGAAUGUUUGGUCGCCAGCCAAGUCCGUGGACGAAGCGCUCCCGGUCUUUGUGUGGAUUUACGGCGGUCGCUUCAUCGCAGGUUCAGGCAGCCAGUUGGCUUACGAGGGCACUGGUUUGGCCAAGAAGGGUGUUGUUGUUGUCACACUCAACUACCGCGUCGGUAUUCUUGGCUUCCUGGCCACUCCUGAGCUCGACGAAGAGUCUGGGGUUGGUGCGUCUGGCAACUACGGAAUCCUCGACCAGGUUGCUGCCCUCCAGUGGGUUCAGCAGAACAUUGCCGCAUUUGGUGGUGACCCGACCAAGGUGACCAUUUCUGGUCAGUCGGCCGGUGGUGCCUCGUGUGGCAUCCACGUCUACUCGCCCGUGUCCAAGGGCCUCUUCCGCGCCGCCAUUCCUCAGGCCGGUAUGCGCGACCCUCACGACCCUCUUCUCUCUGGCCUCGCUCCGGCGUACCGUUCCAAGGAGAAGGCUCUCCGCCAGGGCCUUGAGACUCUUGCCGACAAGGGUGCCGCCAACAUUGCCGAGGCGCGCCAGAUGGAAAUUGCCCAUCUGAUUUCGGACAACAACAAGAACGACGACUGCUGGGGCAACCCUCCCUUCUGGCGUCCGUGUAUCGAUGGCUACGUGCUUCCAGACACGUACGCAAACAUUCUCGCCAAGGGUCUGCACAACGACGUUCCUGUCAUGACUGGCCACAAUGCCGAUGAGGGUGGCACCUAUGCCGACACGGCCUUCACCGUUUCCGAUCUCCAAGCGUGCGCGUUGCAAAAGUAUGGCGAUGAGCUUGGCAAGCGCUUCAUUGAGCUGUACCCGGCCGAAAAGGACUCGGAGGCGCUUCUUGCUUGGAACACGCAGGCCAGGAACAACUCGCGUGUCACCGUUGCCAUGUGGGCCGAGCUCUACGCCAAGCACGCACAGUCGCCCGUGUUUGGCUACUUUUACAACCACGCCCCGCCUGUUCCCCCCGGCGGUCCUGAUGCCAAGCCCAUUAAGCAAGGGGAGAAGAAGAAGGAAGAGUCGGACACUACCCGCCCCCGCCUGCGCAUCUACGAAAAGGACGUUCCCCGCUCCACCUACACCUACUCCAAGAUGGGUACGGGUGGUCGUUUUGGUGCCUUCCACGGCGCCGAGAUCCCGUACGCGCUCAACAACUUGUACGCGUACCCCGAGUACGAGUGGCAGGACGACGACCGCGCCGUUGCCGACCAGAUGUCGACUUACUGGUCCAACUUUGUAAAGUACAUGGACCCCAACGGACCGCAGGGUGGUGCCGAGUUUGUCAAGACUGGCAGCGGCAAGAUCAUGCAACUCGGCGACGGCAACUAUGGUAUUCCCCUGGCCGAGUCGCCUGAGCGUGAGGCGUUUUGCAGAGAGUUUCUCCUUACCCAGAAAGAGUGGUAG